CCUCCACCCGGACACCGACGCCUGCAGCCUCCACCCGGACACCGCCGCCUGCAACCUGUCGGGUCGUCUCCGUGGAGGAACAGGAGGAGGUGCCCGGUCCAGCCUUCCUCCCUCCCCCUCCUCCUGCCAGCAGUGCUGAGCUGCUGCCUCUGUCCUGGAGGGCAGCUCUCACUGUGGAGCAGCAGCAGUGGGUCGGUCGGGUGCUGUUUACCGGGGACAGCAGUGGGAGGUCUCGACUCAUCAGCGAGCUGAAUCUCUGGUGGUCGCCCCCACAAGCCCGGCCUGUCUACAACCAGCCUCCCGCGUCCCCCGACCCCUUCUUCGCAUGUCGGCUGUUCCUCUGGAUGCCACAGCGGAUUUGGCAUCUGCAGCUGACAUGCCCCCAGCCUUUGUGCACUGGGUCCAUGACAAAGGCUGGGCUCUACAGGACCAUCCGGAGGGUCCUGGACAUCGACGGCUGGUACCUCAUGGCCACCGAGUACCUGGACUGCCGCCGGUGUAAGAAGAAGGUCGGAGGAUGGUCACAGGGCAUCAUUAGGCAGCUGCCCCCCACCUACAGCUGCCAAUUCCCAGCUGUACUUACGUAUAAGCUGUCCUGUGACAUGAGGGUGGUUGUUCAGCUGAGGUCUCGCACUCUGGGCAACAGUGCGAAUCGGCUGUACAACACCCUGCGGGAGCAGCACUCAGAUGCCUGGAUGCGGAGAGCAAUCCAUUACCUCGCCGUGUGCGAGCAGUUCCUGGCCUUGUGCUCAGUGGGGGGGCAGUUUACACCUCCACCCCAGAUGCCCCCCCUGCCAUCACCCAUCUGGCUGCUGACGGUCUACAGCUACGACGUCCUGACGCGGCUGGAUGAGCACAAGGCCAGGAUCACGUCCACCUUCGGUUCCAUCUUGAAGAUGGAUUCCACCAAGAAGACGAAUGACGAAGAAGCUCGCGGUACCGCCUCCGACACGGCUGCCUGGGUUACCAACGUGGGUAACGAGAACGGGCAGGUCCUCAUGAGCGUCCUCACCUGCUCCCAGGGCGCUGAGG